UGCCACGCCCCCGCCGUGUGUUGGUUACCGCCCACAAACUUCCUCAGCCCGGUGACAGCUGAGCCUGCAGGAACUCGCCACGGCUCUGCGCGACUUUACGCUACGAAACAGACGCGACAACGAUAUUCUUCAACUCCACAUGAAAAGCCACACACUGCAUCGCACACCUCGACUGUGUUUCUCCUCGCUGUUUCACUCGUCGUCAUUUUAAACCCGCUCUCGUGCCUCGUCCGCUGUUCACGUCGAGGAGCGCAGCCAGCUAGCAGCGGUUAGCUUCCGUCGCUUCUGCCCCGAGGAGACAGCGAGCGGUUGUUUUUUAUUUUAGUCCCGGUAACGUCACUCACACGCACGCAGGCAGCAUGGCAGAACCGGCCGCGGAGGCGAAGCUGGAGGUGAAGCAGGCGAGCAAGGAGGUGAAGGAGAGCGAAAACGUAGCGGAGAAGUACUCAGCAAUGACCGUGAGCAAGAACAGCGAGAUGAACAUGGGAGAGCUGUCGUCCGCGUUCAGCGCCGUGCCCACACACAAGCCCGUGAAGAAGCAAAUCCAGUUUGUGGAGGAUAAGCAGGAGUUCAGCAGGUUCCCCACCAAGGCAGGACGCCGCUCCCUGUCCCGCUCCAUCUCUCAGUCAUCCACAGACAGCUACAGCUCCGCUGCAUCAUAUACGGACAGCUCUGAUGAUGAGACAUCACCACGAGACAAAACACAGGUCAACUCCAAGGGCAGCAGCGACUUCUGUGUCAAGAACAUCAAACAGGCUGAAUUCGGCAGACGUGAGAUUGAGAUCGCAGAGCAAGAUAUGUCUGCGCUGAUCUCUCUCCGGAAGCGAGCACAGAGCGAGAAACCAUUGGCAGGUGCCAAAAUAGUGGGCUGCACUCACAUCACUGCCCAGACUGCAGUGCUGAUUGAAACUCUGGUGGCUCUUGGGGCUCAGUGCCGCUGGACCGCCUGUAACAUUUACUCUACACAGAAUGAAGUGGCCGCUGCUCUGUCAGAGACAGGUGUGGCUGUGUUUGCCUGGAAGGGGGAGUCUGAGGAUGACUUUUGGUGGUGCAUCGACCGCUGUGUCAACAAUGAGGGUUGGCAACCUAACAUGAUCCUUGAUGAUGGGGGAGACUUGACACACUGGAUGUACAAGAAAUACCCUAAUGUCUUCAGGAAAAUCAGGGGCAUCGUAGAGGAGAGUGUCACUGGGGUUCACAGGUUGUAUCAGCUGUCUAAAGCUGGGAAACUGUGUGUGCCAGCGAUGAAUGUAAAUGACUCUGUGACAAAGCAGAAGUUUGACAACCUGUACUGCUGCAGAGAGUCGAUCCUGGAUGGCUUGAAGAGAACCACAGACGUGAUGUUCGGAGGCAAACAGGUGGUCGUUUGUGGGUAUGGAGAGGUUGGAAAGGGUUGUUGUGCUGCUCUGAAAGCUCUGGGAGCCAUCGUCUGCAUUACAGAGAUCGAUCCCAUCUGUGCCCUGCAGGCCUGCAUGGAUGGAUUCAGGGUGGUCAAGCUGAACGAGGUCAUUCGCCAGGUUGAUGUCAUCAUCACAUGCACUGGGAACAAGAAUGUGGUGACCAGAGACCAGCUGGACCGAAUGAAAAAUGGCUCCAUUGUCUGCAACAUGGGACACUCUAACACUGAGAUUGAUGUGGCAAGUCUCCGGACCCCUGAGCUAACCUGGGAGAGAGUGCGCUCUCAGGUGGACCACGUCAUCUGGCCUGAUGGGAAGAGAGUAAUACUUCUAGCUGAGGGACGUCUGCUUAACCUCAGCUGCUCCACUGUCCCCACCUUUGUCUUGUCCAUCACAGCCACCACUCAGGCUCUGGCACUUAUAGAGUUGUACAAUGCUCCUGAGGGACGAUACAAGCAGGAUGUUUACUUGCUUCCCAAGAAGAUGGAUGAAUAUGUUGCCAGUCUCCAUCUGACGACGUUCGAUGCUCACCUGACAGAACUGUCUGAUGAGCAGGCAAAAUACCUGGGCCUCAACAAGAACGGUCCUUUUAAACCCAACUACUACAGGUAUUAGUCUGCAGAGGAACCACCAGCACAGCUGAAUGUGGAUGGUACCUGACAUCACCUAUCCCUCAGAAUAAAAAAGCAUUCAUGUGUAUUGUAUUUUUAUACUGAUCACAGGAUGCACAGCUUCUAUUUAGAUGUAUUCCACUGAUCACAGUAAAAAUUAACUCCACCUGCUGCUUCCAACAGACGAUGGCACCCAGCUGACAACUACAGCCCUUAUAUCUGCUGUUUUUAAUGCAUCCGUUUCCAUCGAUGACUCCCAGGUUUUUUAGAUUUCAGAUAGAUAUUGAUCAGUGUAUCACUAUCUUGUGCCAAAUGACCGCGACAGAGAAGGAUUACAGUUGUGAAAUGUCAAUGGAAAAAGUUCAAUAACAUUUUUUAAAAACCCUCAAAGCUUUUUUAGCCACUUUUAGCUCAGUGUUUUGGCUCUUUGUCAACCUCCUGUAUGAAAACAUUGGCAGCCAUUUCAAGAUAAGAAGCUUUGACAAAUCUAGAAGAGCCAGUGUUAACUCCUGGCUCAUGAGCUAAGAGCAAAGAAAAAGGUUUUCUCUUGAGUUGGUGGAUCAAUCAGUGCUAAAAAUCCUGGGAAAACUAGACUUUAAUGGAUCAGGUGUCUGGAAAUAUGAUAAUUCAAUGUCACUGUUUUUCUGCUGGUAGGAAAUUGUUUGCUUACAAAUGAGCCAUAGCUACUUGAUAAGCUGAUUAUAAAUCAAUGCUGUGCGUCUGUAAGUCUCGUUUUGCAAAAUUGCUCAUCGCAGCUUUAAUGUUUUCUUUCUAUAGUUGAUAUGUAUGCACUUAUUCACAUAAUACAUUCCAUCCACAAGAUGCAGAAAACAUGUAACAGAUAUGGGCAAAUAAGAACUUCUGCACUUUUUGAUUAUAGCAAACAUAAGAGGAGAGCUUGGUUUUUAUUUUCUUGAAAAGAUGUGUCCAUUUUUUGAGGUUUUGGCAUCUGGUAACAAAAGUAUCUGCACCUCAGGGUAUUCAAAUAUCUCAAAUGAUCUGUAAAUAUAUUUUUAUCACAUCAGCACUGUCUCACUGACUAAUCUCACUGUCAUUCUCAUAGAAAUCCUAUUAAGAGUAAAGGUUUAAAAUAAUUUUAGAUAUUUUGAUACUCUAUGAUCUAUGUCAUCUGUGAAUUUUACCUGUCUAGAGUAAGUCGAAUAUUGAAGCUUUGUAUAGUCUGUAUGUGUGACAGUGUUUGAUGAGCCACUCUAACAAUGGUAUUUGCUGGAAUGCAACACUGAGUCUGUUGUAAGAUUUGUCACAGGACUCUGAUCCUGUGUUUACUAGAGCAGUGGUUCCCAAACUUGGGGUUGGGACCUCCCCGGGGGGUCGUGAGACACAGAAGUAGUGUUGUGAGAUGAUUUCCAGAAAUCAAAUACUUUAUAAAAACAAUUCUCAGUAUCCUAUUUUAGCCAUAAUUGUUCCAAAAGCUAAAACAUACCUUCUGAUUUUCUUUGGCUCCAUGUAACCCCUGAGGUUAUUAUGAUGGAUCAGUUGCAGCAGGUUAAUUUAAAGCACCACAGGAAACAUAUAUGUGACAUUUUCUGUGAACUCUCUCAAAUCAAUGGCUCGGUUAUUUGGGGAUUGUAGGCUGAGAAGUUUGGGAACUUCUGAACAAGAGGAUGUCUGUUUUUCUAUUAAAAUAUUUUAUCAACAGUUAAUGUAACUUAAAUCCUGAAAAGCUCUGGGCCUAGACAUGGACGAGCUUUAGUCAACACAUUUAUGGGUCUUGAAAGAUGUAUUAACUUUACCUCUAUGUUAUCUUCCUCUGUUGCACCAUUAUUAUAACUAUUCUAAUAAUUCUAAUGCUACCUGACUUUGUUUCCUGAAUAUUUGCAUUGUUUAAGAGGCUUAAGCUCUGUUUCGUGGAGCUUGUUAAAAGCACAACAUCAACAAACCACAUCUACUUAUCUAUAUUCACAUUUUCAAAUUUUUUGAAAGAGUGUUCAAAUCCAAAACCUUUUUUCUGACUAUAUGUGCAGGUAGUAGAUCUUUCUGGAUAUGAAGCUCUUCAUCUGCAGUAUUUUACGCCUGUGAACAGUAUUUUCAGAACAGUUUCCGUCCAUAACAAGUGUUAUCUUGUGUUUCUCCACAUUCCUGUGGGUUUUUUUUGCAGUAAUUUCUUAUUUUCUGUUUUAAUAGGUUAAUUGUUGUCACUCACUGCCAUUUAUUGAAUAGUAUCCUUCUGUGUGCAACUAGGAAGUUCUCUAGUCUUUGCACUACUGCAGCUUUAAGGGCAUUAGACCCAAAGACUUUCAGUGAGGACGUCAUUGUCGACAAGAUGAGCGCUGUAACCAUGGUUACUGAUCAUUUGACAGUGCCUUGCCUUGCCUGUGACUCACUUAAUAAUUUAUACACACAUGUCCAACUAUGUGGUAAUGGUUAAUAUUCUGCAAUAUACAGUAAUAGCUAUGCAGUGAAUCAUACUUCAGAGUACUUCAGUUCAGUGUUUCUAAAUGAGCAGUUUUUCACAUUACUUAAAUAUGCAUAACUGGGAGAUCAGUUUACAUUUUACAUUUUAAAUUAUGGUGUUCUAAUGUAGGUUUAACAUUUAUUUUAUAGUUCACUGCCUGUGAAAGCUAGAAUCUGAUGUUUGGAUUAUGUGUUAAUCCUGUGACUAGCACUUGGAGAAAUCUCUGUCUUUAUGUGUCCGUCCUUUAAUUUUCUCUACAACUGCUGAUAUGGUCGAUGUAAAACCUGGCAGGUGUAUUUCAUGCGUUUCUGGGAAGUGCAGUGUUGAAUACAAACUGAACGUUUGUCAAGAACCAAACCCAAACCCAACUUGGCCAUUUGACAGCUUGUUGUAUUGUGAGUCUGAUCAUAGAGCUCAUUACCUUCACUAGGCUGUCUUUGUAACUGUCAUGGACGAGUGAAAAACAUCAUUAGUUCAAAAGAAACCAACGUUAUGCUGGUAACAGGAAGUGAAGUUUACAGUUUAGUAUUAUAAGAGGAAUCAGAGGUGAUUAUGUUGUUUCCGAGAAAUGCUCCAUUGUUGCCGGUUUUGAUGUGAACACCAAAUUCUGUGAAGAGUAUAUUCGCUAUAAGCCUAUAUUUUCAUCAUCAUAACUGUGUUUAAGUUUGACACAAUACAUGCUGUUAACUUUCUGUGCACAAUUCCCUUUAAUAAACUGCUGUUAAAGUUUAAAAA